CGGUAUUUCACCCGGGCAGCUUUGCCUUUGUAUAUAUACCUAAAACAAGGAACGGAUUGGAGGACGGCGACUAACGCGAUAUAUUUAUUCGAGACUCAAUCAUGGGUCGGCCCUGGCGCGUCUUUCCGACUCUCUGCCUCGCCGCGAGCGUGGUAUCCGUGAGGGGUCAAGGAAAUGCGGCAAAUGCCCAGAAUGAACAGAAGCCGAUUACGUCGCAGGAACCGGCUGCGAGUGGAAAUCCGCUGACUUCCGAGUUUGCGGAAUUUGUGCUACAGACAUUGGAUGAAUACAAGGUUCCUGGCGUUGCGGUGGCUGUGGUUGACGGCGACGAAAUCUACGCCGAAGGCUAUGGGUAUGCGACGCUGCCAGAUGUCCCGGCUACUCCAGAAACUCUGUGGUACGGCGCGUCGACAACUAAAUCGCAAGUGGCCGCGGUCCUAUCAGCUCUAAUUCAUUCCGGCAACUUUUCAGCCUUGUCUCAAGGCUGGGAAACGCCUAUUUCGUCCAUUAUCCGCGAUGAUUUCGUCCUACAAGAUGAAUGGGCGACAAAUCACAUCACCUUGAAUGAUGCUGUCAGUCACCGAACAGGCAUGGCUCGCCACGAUGCCUCCUUUCACAGGGCCAUUGACGGAAGGGCCGCAACUCCACGGGAUAUCGUCCGGAAUAUGAGAAACCUACCACUUACUUACGAACCGCGUGUGACACCGUUGUACUGCAACAUGAUGUACGUGACCCUUUCGCAUGUCAUCGAAACUCUCACGGGCAAAUGGCUUGGCGACGUGCUCAAGGAGAACCUAUGGGGGCCACUGGGCAUGGACUCGACCAAGUUUGACUUACAGGAUGCUCUGGAUGGCCCCGAGUAUUUGGCUUCUGGAUACUACUGGGACCUGGACGAAGAAAAAUUUAAAGAGGUUCCUCAUAUGCCUUUGGUAGAAAUCAGCGGAGCAGGAUCAGUUUUCUCCAAUGCUCUUGAUUAUGCCAAGUGGGUGAAAAGCUUGCUCCACCAAUCCGGGCCUCUUUCUGAAGACGUGCACAAGGAUAUCAGAUCCCCCAGAACGCUCUGGAAUGCUAACCUUGCCCCCGGGUAUGAUCUCAUGCUGUAUGGACUAGGCUGGGUGAGGACCUUACACAAGGGCCAUGUGGUAUACACCCAUAGCGGAGGAGUGCAUGCUUUUGGAUCCCAAGUAUACUGGUUCCCAGAGGCCAAGUUUGGAGUGGUUGUAUUUGGAAACACAGCAAUAAGCCAGGCUCCAGAAGAAAUGAUUGCGUGGAAGCUCAUCGAUGAUAAGCUUGGUAUUCCCGAGAAAGAUCGCACGGACUACGGUGCCAAAUGGGACAUAAGGAAAAAGAAUAUGGCUUGGCAAUAUGCAAAUGCCGUGGACAUUGUUUACCCCAAGAGACAAGAUCCCGCAUUGCCACCCCCAUUAGCUGUGAGCGAGUUUGUGGGCACAUACUACGAUCCAGGAUACGGCAACGUUACUCUCCGUGAAGAGCCUCACCCAGAUAAGCCGGGCGAGAAGAUCUUGGUUGCCGAUCGCUUAGAGACUUCAUGGAAAUAUUCAAUGCACUUUCACCAUGUCACAGGCAACUAUUGGAUAGUAUACUUACCCUCGGCGAUAUGGUCUGGCGUUAAAUUCGAGGAAUUUGUGGGAGCAGAAUUUAAGCUGGGAACGGACGGGAAGCCAUCAGGUGUAGAGGUUACAUGGGAGAGCCGGCUGGAUGCCAUGUACGAAGGAAAGGUGUUUUUCAAACGAGUUGAGUAGGAGGGCCGAGAAAAUCGCAGUGCCUAGCUGUAUUGCAGUCCCGUUAGCGGCUGUAUAGUUCCAUAUGGAAUAUUAUAAAAUGAUAAGCACGCAAAGAGAGUGUGUUUGUGUAUUGUCAGACAAAAAGUUGGUGAUUAAGAAUUCAACAUGAAAUUCAGUUGGC